AAGCAUUAUCUAUAGAUGAAAGAAUCCGAAGAUUCUUUGGCUACAGAUGAUUUCCUUGUGGACUACUUUAAUGAAUUCCUAAGCCUUCCAACCUUUUCAGAGGCAGUUAGAUUUAAUGUGGUCUAUGGAGUUUUUGAAGUAGUUAACAAUGCUCCACAGCUUCUGGAAAAGCAGUUGAAAAAAAUUCUACUAAACCAGCGACCUCGAAAUCCUAUCUAUGAUGUUAUAAGGAAAGGAAAGAGUGAUGUUAAACCUGUUCAAGUGAAUGCCCCUUACGAAGAUGAGACCAUUAAUGUCAACUACAGUAUCAUGUGUCUCAGUCGUGAACAAGGUAUUCACUGGGUCAAAAAAGAAAGACUUCCAACAUUUCUGGAAAGUGAUUGUUACUUUGAAUACAGGUUAGCCAAAUUGAUUUCACAAGUAAGAUGGAGUGAAUCUGGCAUGAAUAUCAUAUUAGGUACAGAGUUUUCACCCUGGGUCCUGAAAAAACCACCCAGUCCACCACCUCCUCCUGUUGAAGAAGAUGAUGUUAUAAUUAUGAAAAAGUUCUACAUUUCUCUGGGCGAGGCCUCCUAUACUCAAACAAAAGAUUGGUUUGCCUUAGCAAAACAAUGUCAGCAAACAGCACCAACCUUUUCAUUACCAUCUUGUGUGUUCCACGACAAAAUUGACUCACCAGUUGUUUCAUCUGUUUCUGAGAGUUUUAUCUUCGAUGAUGGAGUCCACCCCAGGACAAAAAAGGGCCUAUUAAAAACCACUAGAUUAAUCUCCGAAUUUGAAGAAGAUGGGUCUGUAUCUCUACAGGACACUCCUUCUCAAGCUCUUCUGAGGAUAUACCUUGAAAAGCAACAGAGUGCCGAUAAAAGUCUGACACUGCACUUCUCAACAUGUGACGAGUUUUUAAGAUCUUAUGUCUCCUUUAUUUUGAGAGUGGCGAUUCAUCAAAUUCUUGGAGCAACACUUAGAGAAAGCCCAGAUUAUGUAAAUUUCAGAAACGUAACAGAAGUGGUAUUUGAUGACAUUGGGGGGCCUACCUCUGGCAAGAAUGUUUUGCUUAGUGAAAUGCCAAGGGAAAAGUCGGAAGAUGUGUUAGAACAAGCAAUUUCAAAACCUGAGAGCGUUGGACAAGACAGCAGGGCUGAUUGGUGUAUUUCUCACAAAAUGUAUGACAUUGGCAAUAGAAAGGAGUUUGAAAGAUUUAAGAAAUUUUUAAAAGGUACCUUAGGGGAGAAAUAUUGGUGGCUAUGGAUGGAUAUUGAGAGGUUAAAAGUUCUUAAGAAUCCUGGAAGACAUCAAAGACAUAUUGAAAAGAUGAAAAAAUGCUUUCUAGUGAGCAGUGGAGAUUACUACCUUUCUGCAGAAGUCUUAUCAAAAUUUAAACUACUAGAUGGAUCUCAGUGGAAUGAAGAACACUUAAAAAAAAUUCAGACUGAGGUUGUAAAACCCUUACUUCUUUAUUGGGCACCAAGAUUCUGUGUUACUCAUACAUCCUCAACAAAACAUGCUAGUGCUGAACUGAAAUUCUGGCACCUUCGUCAAGAGAAACCAAGGAAAGAUGUUGACCCUUUCCCACAAAUGGCAACCCUCUUGCCAUUAAGACCCAAAUCUUGCAUUCCACAGUUAUCUGAGAUGCAGAAAGAAGAAUCCAGUUUACUACAACUUCCUAAAUCUCCCAAGAAAUCACCUAGAGUAAAGACAGCAGUUUAUAAACCUUGGAAGAGUGAGUCUUUGAAUCCAGUUUCUUCUAAGGAUGAUAUGAUUGAGAAAGGGUCAAGGCGCAUGUCAGAAAGCAGCAAAGUUAUUCGUUUAACAUCUUUUACUGACAUUUCUGAAUGUCUGAAGCCCCAGCUGGAUAGAAGAUACACCUAUACAGAAGAACCUUUGAUUAAAACCAUGGGUGAUGGUGCCUUAGGAGGAUUUGACAUGGAGAAUUUGUUGCAAUCUUUGUAUGUAGAAAAUAGAGCUGGAUUCUUCUUUACUAAAUUCUGUGAGAACUCAGGGAACAAGUUAUGGAAGAACUGUGUGUACUUUUGGUUUGACCUACAAGCUUAUCAUCAGCUUUUCUACCAAGAAACCCUUCACCCUUUUAAAGUAUGCAAGCAAGCUCAAUAUCUUUUUGCCACAUACAUUGCUCCUUCAGCCACUCUUGACAUUGGACUUCAACAGGAAAAGAAAAGAGAGAUUUAUAUGAAAAUACAACCACCAUUUGAAGACCUUUUUGAUGCAGCAGAAGAAUAUAUCCUCCUCCUCCUUCUUGAGCCUUGGACAAAGAUGAUAAAAUCAGACCAAGUUGCUUACAGAAAGGUGGAGCUGGUGGAAGAAACGAGACAGCUAGAUUCCACAUACUUGAGAAAGCUACAAGCUUUGCAUAAAGAGACAGUUUUCAAGAAAGCUGAGGACGCUACUUGUGAAAUUGGAACUGGUAUUUCACCACUUCCUCAUGUCUCUGAAAAAACAGAAUACUGGAAUAUGGUUCCCGAAGAAUAUAGGCAUUUUCAUUUUAAUGAGCUGCUUAACAACAAACUGGAGUUUGAGCAUUUCCGUCAGUUUCUUGAGGCUCAUUCUUCAAGCAUGGACCUUAUGUGCUGGACAGACAUUGAACAGUUCCGAAGAAUAACUUACAGAGAUCGAAAGCAAAGGGAGGCAAAAUCUAUCUAUAUUAAAAACAAAUACCUCAAUAAAAAAUAUUUCUUUGGGCCCAACAGUCCAGCUUCUGUGUCUCAACAAGACCAGAUAAUGAAUUUAAGUGGUGGCUGGGGAAAGAUUCUCCAUGAGCAACUUGAUGCAGCCGUUCUAAUUGAAAUUCAGAAGCAUGUCCUAAAUAGACUAGAAAAUGUGUGGUUGCCAUUGUUUCUUGCAAGUGAACAGUUUGCAGCACGUCAAAAGAUAAAGGUACAGAUUAAAGACAUAGCUGAAGAGCUUUUACUACAGAAGCGUGAAAGGAAAAUUGGAGUCUGGAAGCCUGUGGAGAGCAAGUGGAUAUCUUCGUCUUGUGAAAUCAUUGCUUUCCGUAAAGCUUUAUUGAAUCCAGUUACUGUAAGACAAUUUCAACGCUUUGUGGCUCUAAAAGGAGAUUUAUUGGAAAAUGGGGUGCUCUUUUGGCAAGAAGUACAAAAAUAUAAGGACUUGUGCCAUUCUCAUUGUGAUGAGUCUGUCAUACACAAGAAGAUUAUGACUAUUAUCAACUGCUUUAUUAAUUCCAGCAUUCCCCCAGCUUUACAAAUUGACAUUCCAGUAGAGCAAGCCCAGAAGAUUAUUGAGCACAGGAAGGAGUUGGGACCGUAUGUCUUCAGAGAGGCACAGAUGACAAUUUUUGGAGUUCUGUUUAAAUUUUGGCCUCAGUUCUGUGAGUUUAGGAAGAACUUAACUGAUGAAAAAAUUAUGAGUGUUUUGGAGAGAAGACAAGAAUAUAGUAAGCAGAAAAAGAAAAUGGUAAUCAUAGAAGAUGAAAAAUUUGUAAAGGAUGGAAUCAAACAAUAUUCAAGUACCACAGGAUCUGCUAUCAAAACAGCUACUUUAACUAGUGACCCAGGUUUAGGCAUGCAAGCAUACGGCCGACAGCCAACCUGGUGCUACUCAAAGUACAUAGAAGCCUUAGAACAGGAAAGGAUUCUUCUUAAAAUUCAAGAGGAACUAGAAAGAAAGUUGUUUGCAGCCACUCCAUCUUUUACAAAUUUCAAGUCUACUGCUUCCACUCUGUCUGUGAAAAAGACUGUAUCUUCCCACAACAUCCAGAAGGGAAAGGAGAAUCUGUAAGAAGUCGUCUGGGAGGAUGAACCUUCAUCAUCUGUUUGCCUUGGGACUCAGAAACUCCAAGGACUGUGAUCUGGGUUAGCAGAUUCGAAGCAUUGGACUUCCACUUUACUACCAUCCCAGAAAGUAUAUUCAAAGUAGAAACUACCAUUCCUAAUUCUUUAAAGAGUUAAGCAUUGUAUAGGGGGAGAGCAUCAGGGGAAAGACUUCAAAGAUCCCCCUUUUUUUCUAAAGCUGUAGGUUUGGACACUUUUUUUUUUUUUUUAAGCAUCAGAACCCUGUAGUUUCCUCUGUUCCCACACUCCCCUAUACCCUAUAUUAGUCAAGAAGUUUGUAUGUUUUCCAUUCAUUGCCUUUUUUUUUAUUCCAUUCGUUUUCUGUCUUUUGAUUUUAACUAAGCAUUUUAUGUGAUUCCAUUUUCUCUCUUAGUGUAUCAAUUAUACUUCUUUUUAAAGUUGUCUAGUUAGUUGCCCUAGAAUUUGCAAUAUACAUUUACAGCUAAUAAAAGUUCACAUUCAAAUAAUA